CCGGUGGAGGCACCCUCUGAUUUUGCACUCUAUCUCAUUAAGGAGCGUGCGAAGUCGGUACCAAUGGCAACAUACGAACUCACCACCAGCAUUCGUAUUUGGUUGAAACAGUUUGAACAACAAGCUCGUAUCCACGGUAUCACCUCCAUGGAUAAUUGCACUACUCAUCUCACUCGCUACAUGCCUCUAGUCAUUCAGCAAUGGAUUCCAACUCUUGCUCCUAGCAUUGUUUCUUCUUGGACUCUUCUCAAGGAAGCCCUUAUCACUCGUUUUGGUAUUCCGGAGGAGGAGGACAAUCGCCUACUUCUCAAGCAAUUGAAG